AUGCAGGAACAUAAAUCGUUUUUAAUUAAAGACUUAUUAGGGGAUGUUAUCAACAACAGCAAUUCCAAUGAAACUUAUCCCGAUUACUCCGACCAAGAAUCCAUUCCUAUGUCUCACGACGCCGAUACGGACAUCGACAUCGAAUCGCCGCCUCCAUCGGCGGCAGCAAUUGUUGCGUCUCCCAGUAAAGGAGUUUUCUUUAUGGCCGGAGGCGAAGGACAACAAACGGGGUCUUUGGAAAAUUCCAAAGGUAGGAAACCUCGCAGAAGAAGAACCGCAUUCACGCACGCUCAGUUGGCGUACCUGGAACGUAAAUUUCGGUGUCAAAAGUACCUUUCCGUUGCUGAUCGAAGCGAUGUUGCUGAUGCACUCAAUCUCAGCGAAACACAAGUGAAAACUUGAACCAAGUGGAAACGGCAAAACCAGCUGCGACUGGAGCAGCUUCGUCAUCAAGCUUCAGUGGAAAAAGAGCUCCUAAACAGCGCCGCAAUCCAUAAAGGAAACGGAGAGUCGCCACCUUGCUGUCCACCAACAGGUAUUCCAAGGUAUACUACUCAAUCACCCUGUAGUUUUUUAAGCUCAGCUGCUGCAGCUAUUUUCCAUAACGUUACCUAUGUUCAUGGAUGCCAACUGUAG